CUCAUCUCUGGCCCGUGACCAAUCUCCUAACUGAUCUCUGGUUUGAAGUAAUUAAGUAUGAAUACAAAAAAGAAUGUGACCAUUAACUUUCAAGAAAAUGUAACUCUUACUAGAAAAUACCUCAAACAGAGGAUAAUGUGUUCAGAAACUAAUUUCCGAGGACAUGCUAAGGAACGUUUACAUUUACUUGAUUUGUUAAAACGAACUGUUGAAACAGGAGAGAGUAAUUCUGCUCUCUUAAUUGCCCCGAGAGGUAGUGGAAAAACAAUGUUGAUAAAUAGUAUUUUAAAAGAAUUGUCUGUACUGAAAUCCUUUAAGGAUAAUGCAAUCAUUGUGAAUCUUCAUGGAUUGGUUCAUACUGAUGACCGAUUGGCUUUAAAGGAUACAACGAGACAAUUGCAAUUAGAGAAUGUUGUCGGUGAUAAAGUUUUUGGAACUUUUGCUGAAAAUUUGAGUUUUUUAUUAGAAUGUUUGAAAACUGGUGAUAAGAAACAUUCAAAACCAGUUAUAUUUAUAUUAGAUGAGUUUGACCUAUUCUGUGCUCACCAUAAUCAAACAUUAUUAUAUAAUUUGUUUGAUGUCGCCCAAUCAGCUCAGGCACCAAUAUGUAUUGUUGGUAUAACAUGUCGUCUCGAUGUGAUUGAAUUACUAGAAAAAAGAGUAAAGUCAAGAUUUUCGCAUCGUCAGAUCUUUAUUUUUCCUGGUCAUACAUAUAAUUUGGGUCUACCAAGUUCUGCUUUUGAUGACCAUCUCAAGCUCUUCUUCCAUCUUUUAAGUUUACCUGAUGAUAAAAAUGUGAAUCAUUUCGAACAAUAUGAGGAGUGUAUGGUUAAUCCUCAGUUUGGUUCCAUGUGGAAUGAGUAUAUUAGGAGCUUGGUUGAUGAUAUUACUGUGAUAAACUUGUUGAAACGAAUGUACCAAAUGGAUGUUGGAGAAAGAAGUUUUCGAAAUUUCCUCUCUCUAGCAGUUUCGUCACUAUCUGAAAUACAUCCUCAGUUAGAAGUGAAUGAUUUUGUUGAGGCAAGUAAAAUCUUUACCCAGGAUGACAAAGUUAUAUUACUGGAAGGACUAUCAGUACUAGAAAUGUGUUUGAUAAUAGCUAUGAAACAUGAAACGGAAGUUUACGAUAGCGAACCGAUAAAUUUUGAAAUGAUCUUAAAUCGUUAUGCUAAGUUUGUUAAUCAGAACUCUUCAAUACAAUCUGUCCAGAGACCAGUCAUCAUGAAAGCUUUCGAACAUAUUAAGAAUUUGGAAUUCCUCAUACCAGUGGGUGGAACGAACACAAGAACAGAAAAGGAAUAUCAACUUUAUAAAUUUCUCUUGAGUCCGCAACAAGUCAUGAAUGCAGUAAAAAGUUAUCCAGGAUUACCAACUGAAGUCUCUCAGUGGGCUAUGAGCAGUUUUCAAUAAAGCAUUUUCGUCAACUAUUACUCGUCUAAAUGUUAAAUUUAUGGCAUUAAAGAUCAUUCUCAAAUGCUUUUUAGGAAAAAACAUUAAAUGAUCCAAGCAAAAAGAUUUAACGAAGUAGGCAAGGUUGGUAAUGUGCAAUUUGUUAAAAAUUCAUCUGUAGUCGAUUCCUGUGGUUCUAAUUUCUGGUCUUCUCAACGUGAUAAAAUCAUAAGCAUAGGAAUACAGUGACAUAGCAUAAAGUACAAUCUUAGACAAGGGGGUGAACCCAAAUUGCGGGGGGGUUUGGUGCUUGAAUCGAAUUGGUUAAAUUUGUACGCAUGCUCAGUACCGCUAAUUAUAAUUUGUAAAUACGAUAAAUAAUUUUAAUACUUGUAAAAUGUAA